AUGGGCAGACGCAGUCCGUCGAGCCAGCGCCAGGUGCGUCUCCGGCGCACCGACCUGCGCAGUCUCGACGCCCACUUUUGGCCCGGCUUUGAGCGCUACUGCCUCACGCAGACGCUCUGGAAGGCGCUCCUUGCCUUUGUGGAGGAGCACGACCUCCUGCUGGACGCCGCCAUCGCGCCGUCGGUCGGCGGCGCCUGCGUCACGCUCUCGCUGCAUUUUGCAUCGGCGCUGCCUUCGCACGCCAAGUGGAUCAAAGGCUACUCGUACGUUCUGCAGCAUUUCGAGUCGGCGCUGCGGCAGCCGGUACGCGACGUCCCGGCGGCGUUUGCAAAGGCGCUGACGACCGAGUGCCACGUCCUUGGCUGCCUCCUCCACGACGACCAAGACGGCGGGCCCGAUCAGUAUACGCUCGCCACGCUUUUUACGAGCUUGGAGGCGCCGCUCGAAGCCAAGCGGCUUGCGAUCCGAGACGGUAGUGCGUACGCAGCCCGCUGCGCGUCUGGGAGCGCACCACUGCUCACGGACCUGCCCUUCAACAUCAUGUGGAGCAUCCUGCGUCUUCUCAAUGCGCAAGAGCUCGCAAUGAUCGCGAUGGUGUGCACGACGCUGCAGCAUCUGACGUACGACACCGUGCCCCGCCUCCGGCUGCACCUGUACCCGCACCAAAAGAAAGCGCUCAAGUGGAUGCUCUACCGAGAAUGCUCCGCCCGGGCCCUUCCGCACCCGUACCUCGUCGGUGGCGUGAUCGACCCAGUUUUGCACCGCGUGCAUGCGUCGCCGCUGCCGGCCAUCGACAUGCGCGGCGGCUUCCUCUGUGACGAACCCGGCCUUGGCAAGACGAUCACGAUGAUUGCACUUUUGCUGCGUACGCAGGGCGCCCGGUCCUCCGUUGCCUCUGUGCCUGCGUUGGCCCCCGACCGCGGCUACGGUCUUCGCUCGAGCCAGCCUGCAUCCUCGUCGUCAUCCUCGCCGCGUCGAAUCGCCUCGGUCACGACACUAGUCAUUGUGCCCGACACGCUUGUCGCCCAUUGGAGCCACCAGCUGUUUACGCACACGACCAACUUAAGCGUCUACGUGGACGACCAGCGCGACUUGCCACGCGCCGAGGUUCUCACUACGUACGACGUGGUUGUGACGACCUUUGGCCGCAUUAGCACCCACUGGCAGACGCAGCGACCGCUCGCAACUCGUGCGCCGUCUCGGCUCGGGUUUGAGGGCCAAUCUGCGUACAUCGAUGGCACGCUUUCGCGCGGCCUCUCGCCCUUGCUGCAAGUUCACUGGGUGCGCAUCAUCGUCGACGAAGGCCAUAAGCUCGGCGGCCUCAGCAUCACGAACGCGAUGCAGAUGCUGUGUGCGCUCUCAAGCGACAAGCGCUGGAUCAUGACCGGGACGCCGACGCGGCAUGUGGCGCAAACCGACGGGCUCCGGCACCUCCAUGGGCUUUUGCGCUUUCUGCAGGAUCGACCGUACGGCGCGAACGAUGAAAAACCGUGGCUGCAGGCGAUCGCCAAGCCCUUUGAGCGCCGCGCUCGUGUCGGGUACCUCCGACUGCGCCACCUUCUCAACCGCAUCAUGCUCCGGCACGUCAAGAGCGACGUGACGAGCAUUCCAGAGCCAUGGCGCACCCGCGUGAUUGUACCGCCGUCGGACCUCGAGUACCGCAUCUACAAUGGCGUCGUUGGCGUCAUCCGCGGGAACCUUGUGGUGACGAAGUGGGAUCCGUUGACGCCCGGUCCGAUGCACAAGGACAGUUUGCUGAACCCUGAAAAUCGGCGGGACGCGCUCACGGCGCUGGCCAACCUGCGCCUCGCGUCCAGCGGCGGCGGACAAAUGGCCGUGCAUCUCUCGACCGACGCCAAGCGCGUGUGA